AGGGUAGGUUCUUUUCAAGCCGGUUGACAGCACAUAAUUCAACCAAAAUGCAACCUAACCGUGUUGAAUUUAAAGCCCACGCCCAAAAAAGGCAUUACGUGAUCACAUAAUAUACACACAACCAAAGUCUCAUCCAUUUCAUUUACUUCGCCAUCUUCAUUCAAUGUUCAUCUAGCCGAUUUCCAGACACCAAAACCAUGAAACUCAACUGCUUUUGUAUCAUUUUACCGGCGGAUUUCGAAGAAAUCAAGCCAUUUGAUCAGCCCCAAAUCCGACCACCUGUGCAUGAUGAUGUCAAAAAGCGCCAACACUGCGGCUGCGGGAGGCAAAUACUUCAUGUCCUAGGUGAUUCAUUACGCCGGUUACAUGAAUCGAAAUGGAUUGGUUGUUUUCAGGACGAUAAACCAAGUAAACAGCAGUCUGGUCCGUUUCAUGACCUGGAAGGAAUUCAAAUAUCUGAGAAGGUUGGUGGUGAUAAUCCAAGGAUAUUCAGCUAUGCUGAACUUUAUAUAGGGUCUAAAGGGUUUUGUGAAAAUGAGGUUCUUGGAAGUGGAGGUUUUGGAAAGGUUUAUAGAGCAGUUUUACCAAGUGAUGGUACUGUUGUUGCAGUCAAAUGCUUGGCUGAGAGAGGGGAACAGUUUGAGAAGACUUUUGAAGCUGAGUUGGUUGCUGUGGCUCAACUGCGGCACAGGAAUCUUGUCAGGCUAAGAGGGUGGUGUGCUCAUGAAGACCAGUUGUUCUUGGUUUAUGACUACAUGCCUAACCGCAGCCUGGACAGGGUUCUGUUUAGAAGGCCUGAAAACCUGAAAGCGGAACCCCUUGCUUGGGAACGAAGAAGGAAGAUAGUCAGCGGCUUGGCAGCAGCGUUGCAUUAUCUCCACGAACAAUUGGAGACUCAGAUCAUUCACCGGGAUGUGAAGACAAGCAAUGUCAUGCUUGACUCCCAUUAUAAUGCCCGACUUGGUGACUUCGGCUUGGCGCGGUGGUUAGAACAUGAACUUGAGUAUCAAAUCCGGACACCUUCAAUGAAAAAUCACCAGUUUCGCUUGGCUGAAUCAACCAGAAUUGGUGGCACUAUCGGUUAUUUAUCACCCGAGAGCUUCCAGAAACGAAGUGUCGCUACUGCUAAAUCUGAUGUUUUCAGCUUUGGAAUUGUUGUGUUAGAGGUGGCGUCUAGGAGGCGGGCAGUGGAUCUGACGUAUCCUGAUGAUCGGAUCAUUUUGCUUGACUGGAUAAGGGGGUUGUCCGAUGAAGGGAAGCUUUUACAAGCAGCGGAUAAUAGGCUUCCAGAUGGGUCUUUUGGGCUUUCUGAUAUUGAACGCCUGAUUCAUCUGGGGCUUCUAUGCACACUCCACAACCCGCAACUUCGGCCUAACAUGAAAUGGGUUGUGGAAGCACUUUCUGGCAACAUUUUGGGCAAACUGCCACCUCUUCCAUCAUUUCGGUCUCAUCCUAGAUACAUAGCUAUAUCACCUGCAAGCACUAGCAUAAGCAAAACCAACACCACCGCGACCACCUCCGUUCCAAGUUCUGACAUGACAAUCUCGUUCACUUCAUCAGCGUAUGUCACAGCUACGGAAGAAACUAUGUAUGCAACAGCAGAAUUUGAGAGUAGUAAUAAACUGAGCUCUUCUAAGUCGAACAACAGAAGUCACCGGCAAAAUGCUUUCUUUAUGGUGGAAACUCCCAGGGAAAUAUCCUACAAGGAAAUCAUUUCUGCUACAAAUAAUUUCUCGGACUCACAAAGGGUAGCAGAGGUGGACUUUGGAACUGCUUACUAUGGCAUCCUUGAAGAUGGCCAUCAAGUCUUGGUGAAGAGACUUGGCAUGACCCAAUGCCCUGCAAUACGCGUGCGAUUUUCAACUGAACUCCUAAACUUAGGCAGGCUCCGCCACCGCAACCUGAUACAACUCCGUGGAUGGUGCACAGAACAUGGAGAGAUGCUUGUCGUCUAUGAUUAUUCAGCAAGUCGCCUGAUGAGUCACCUUCUUUUCCAUCAUGACAACAGAAUUGGGCAUUCUAUUCUACAAUGGCGGCACAGAUAUAACAUCAUCAAGUCUCUUGCUGCUGCAAUUCUUUAUCUUCAUGAGGAGUGGGAUGAGCAAGUUAUCCACAGGAAUAUUACUACCUCUUCUAUCAUUCUUGAUCCAGACAUGAAUCCGAGACUUGGUAACUUUGCACUUGCCGAAUUCUUGGCAAGAAAUGAUCAUGCCCAUAAAGCAGCUGCAAAAGAAAAUAAAUCAGUCCGUGGAAUCUUUGGUUACAUGUCUCCCGAGUACAUGGAAUCUGGUGAGGCAACCCCAAUGGCUGAUGUGUAUAGCUACGGUGUGGUGGUUCUGGAGGUGGUCAGUGGACAAAUGGCAGUUGAUUUUCGGAGACCAGAGGUGCUCUUGGUUCUUAGAGUUCAUGAAUUUGAGACACAGAAGAGACCAAUGGAGGAUCUGGCUGAUAUAAGGUUGAACCGUGAAUAUGAUCAUGAAGAAUUGAUCAGAAUCGUCAAAUUGGGGAUUGCAUGCACCAGGUCCAACCCAGAAUUAAGGCCAAGCAUUAGGCAGAUUGUAAGGAUACUUGACGGAAACGAUCAAUGGUUCAUGGAAGGAGGGAAAAGGAAGGAAAGCAGAGAAGAAUGGAGACAAAACAAUGCUAGUUCUUUGUCAUUGAUUAGAAGAAUCCAAGCUCUGGGGAUUAAGUGAGUAGAGUGUCAGUGACAACUAGAUAGUCACUAUAGGUUUCUGCGGAGAUUGAUAGUUCUUUCCCUUCCUGUAACUUCUGUGUACUAUCAAUGUAUAUGCUUUGCUUUUCAAUAGGCUACCAUGAUUUUUUUUUUCA